GCUUUUCACACGGCCUCAACAACAACUCAAAGGAAUAACACGAAUACAACGAUUUUACCUGAAGGCGCAGUUAUUUUUUAUCUGGCGCUUUCAAAUUUUAUUCCUGCUGUUAGCACCAUACUUAUCAAUUUGCAUGUGCUGAUGCACUACAAGAAGUCGGAAAUCCACGCGAUUAGCGUUUGAGUUGUUCAUCCAUCAUCUUCUGAUUCAUUCUUUCAAAAUUUCAGUGUAUCACAAGCACAUCAUUCAAAAUGCCGAUCGGUGAUCUUCUCGCCCAGAUUUCGGGGGGGCCAAGUUCAGAUUCAACAAUGACGAUGCCGACCGCCACUCUCCCACCAAAGCGAAAAGCAAACGAUGAUUUGAGGAAGCCGGUUGACAAACUUCAAAGGCCAAAUACUGCUACUAUAUCGAGACCAAUGAACCAAGCGCAUCGUCCUACAGCUGUUGAUACGAGUAUGGGCAGGAUGAAGAUCGACACGAAACAACAAAGGCCAACUCCGAACUCGGCUAAUACCGCCAACACCACAUUCAAAAACGGUCAGCCAACACCACCUCCAUCUUCCACCGAAUCAGGAAAACCUCCCAAGAAAGGUUCAUAUGCGGAAAUUUUGGCACGGGGAAAAGCUGCACAGGCUUCUUUGGGUCAGGUUGGAAAGAUUCAACACAAACGCAUCGAGAAAGCACCAUCCAAGCGAGAGUCGGAUAAACUAAGGACCCAAAAGGGGAAGACCAUCCAAAAGGGACUAGAACCAAAUUCCAAAUUUCAAAGGACUGGCCAGGUUCCCGCUCGGAAUGGACAGAGUGGCACGAAUGGUACGAAUGGUGCGAAGUCUGUUGGUGCCAAGGCUCCGCCACCAGCUGUUGAAAAGAAAGUCAAAAAAGCUGCAACAGCAACAACUGGAUACACCGGGACUGCUCGCCCAAGACCAGGAGGUGGCGGUCCAACUGCUAACAAGCCCAGUGCACCUUCAUACUCAUCUCGUAAUAGCAACGACCGAUAUAAAAAUGGUAGAAAGAAUCUCGAUCGCUACUAUGCUACUGAUGAAGAUGAGGAAGAAGACGACAUGGAAGAUGAAGUUGAGGAGGAUGACUAUGCAUCUGAUGUAUCAUCUGAUAUGGAAGCAGCUACGUUUGAAGUAGAUGAAGAAGAAGAAAAGGCUGCUGCUAUCGCCAGGAAGGAGGAUGCUGAAGCUCUUGCCGAAGAGAACAGACUCAAGAAGGAGAAAGCUGAAAAGCGAGCACGACUUGCAGCUAUGGCCAAGUCCAGAAGAUGAUGAAUCGGUUAGGGGUAAUGGCUAUGGUUCUUGGGGAUUUCUACGGGUGGGAACUUGUUUCAGGAAUGCUAUGGAUGGAUGCAUUGUUUGAGUUUAGCGAUAUGGAGUUUUGGGGAUGGGAAGACGAGAUAUACAGGCAUUGCAGGCGUAACAUACUUGGAAGCUGCUUUGCUGCUUUUCCACUUCGGUGGUAGUCCUACUUUCUAUGCUUUUCAGCGCAUUAUGGUCAUUAGAGGAGCCUAUUAUAAUGAGGGACACCAAUAGCGUGUACAUGAUUGUUUACUCUAAUCCAUCAAAAAUCAUGAUUAUCUCUA